UCUUUGAGGAAAUGAUCGGUAGUUUUAAGGAAAUCUGACGUCACCGCGUGCGCAACUCAUUCCCCUCUUACUGCAUGAUCUCACUGAAAUAUCCCGAACGAACGGAGGAAAAGCCGAAUGAGGUGAAGGAUGAAGAACACCGAGCAGGAGUGAGAGAUCAUAGGAGUUCUGCAGGACGCGCUUCUACUCAGAACAUUGAUGGAAAUAAGUGGCACGAUAAGACGCUUGAAGAAUUUUGGAAAUGAGCCGAAGUCACAUCUGAAGUAUUGGGACCAUCUGUCCUGCUGAAUGUCCAGACUGAAGACCUCCACCAGCUAUAAUCUUCUGCCCCUGGUUCGAGAGGGGUUACUCUCUGGCCACAAUGACUGAAGUUGUCAUUGUGAAGGAGGGAUGGCUGCACAAGCGAGGAGAGUACAUAAAGACAUGGAGGCCACGAUAUUUCUUGCUUAAGAGUGACGGCACAUUUAUCGGGUAUAAAGAGCGUCCACAAGAUGUUGACCAGCUGGAGACUCCACUCAAUAACUUCUCAGUGGCCCAAUGUCAGCUGAUGAAGACAGAGAGGCCUAAGGCAAACACGUUUAUUAUUCGGUGCUUGCAGUGGACUACUGUUAUUGAACGCACCUUUCAUGUCGAGACCCCAGAGGAAAGGGAGGAAUGGACAAAGGCCAUCCAGGCUGUGGCAGAUAGUCUACAGAAGCAGGAGGCAGAGAGAAUGGACUCUUCGCCUGACCCCAUGGACAUGGAGAUGUACCUGUCCAAACCUCGUCUCAAAGUGACAAUGCAUGACUUUGAAUACCUCAAACUCUUGGGGAAAGGCACUUUUGGGAAGGUCAUAUUGGUGAAGGAGAAAGCCACAGGCAAGUACUAUGCCAUGAAAAUCCUUAAGAAGGAGGUGAUAGUAGCAAAAGAUGAGGUAGCACAUACACUUACCGAAAACAGGGUCCUCCAGAACUCCAAACAUCCCUUCUUAACUGGUCUUAAGUAUUCUUUCCAGACUCAUGACCGCUUAUGUUUUGUUAUGGAGUAUGCAAAUGGAGGAGAGCUUUUCUUUCAUUUAUCACGAGAGCGAGUAUUUUCGGAAGAGAGAGCACAGUUUUAUGGGGCAGAGAUCGUCUCGGCUCUGGACUACCUUCAUUCUGAGAAAAACGUUGUUUACAGAGACCUGAAGUUGGAGAACCUAAUGCUGGAUAAAGAUGGCCACAUAAAGAUCACAGAUUUUGGCUUGUGUAAGGAGGGUAUUACAGAGGGCACUACGAUGAAGACGUUUUGUGGUACACCAGAGUAUCUUGCUCCAGAGGUUCUUGAGGACAAUGAUUACGGUCGCGCGGUGGACUGGUGGGGGCUGGGCGUGGUCAUGUACGAGAUGAUGUGUGGCCGGCUCCCAUUCUAUAACCAGGAUCAUGAGAAGCUCUUUGAGCUGAUCUUAAUGGAAGAGAUCCGUUUCCCUCGCACUCUCGGACCCGAGGCCAAAUCACUGCUUUCAGGCCUGCUUCAGAAAGACCCCAAGCAACGGUUAGGUGGAGGACCAGACGACGCAAAAGAAAUCAUGCAGCAUAAGUUCUUUGCAGGCAUUGAGUGGCAAGAUGUUUAUGAGAAGAAGCUUGUUCCACCCUUUAAGCCCCAGGUAACCUCAGAAACAGACACUCGCUAUUUUGAUGUGGAGUUUACAGGACAGACCAUUACCAUCACGCCCCCAGGCCAAGAUGAAACCAUGGAGUCCUUUGACAGUGAUAGAAGACCUCACUUCCCUCAGUUCUCAUACUCUGCCAGUGGCACAGCAUAAAAAAGCCCAGAAAACACACACAUCCACAAUUUCAAAUGCACAAAUACUCCCCUUUCCCCCGAGGCACUGCUGAUAACGUAGCCAACUCUGUCGCCUCUUCUUCAAUAGUAUACCAGACUUAAUUCACACCGAGAAGAUUUCACCAGUAGUCAUUAUUUGGUCUAUUUAUGAAGUAAGCGUGGCAUAUUGGCAGUUUCUGUUUAAAGCAGGAGUGGUUCACUUUACUAUGUCCAGUCGGUACAGUUGCUCGAUAUGCAUACUGUGCAUUAUGAAUAAUGAAGACAUUUUGAACUCAAUUAUUUGGUACGAGUAUUUCCUGUGGUCCCUGGAGAUGCAGGCUACCCCUAAAAUAUACUACUGUGUAAAUGCAAAUUAAAUUACAACCAGACCUGGCAUUUUAGAUAGAGUUGGAGAGAACAGUAUGUAAGAAGUAUUGGCUAUUUUCACUCAUAUCUCUAGCAAGACCCACAGUUCACAAGUACGCCUUGUUUCCAAAACUUCUGUAAAACUGGUUUGUUUUUUUAAAAAUCACGUGGUCCUUAAGUGAUAUUGAAGUUUAUCAUGGUUUAUGUUCUGUAAGGACAUGAUAUUACCUGAAUACCAAAGAAAUUAUGAUUUAUUAGUUUUGUUAUUAAUGCAUUUU